AUGGGUUACCUUUACUACCUCCUACACCCUUACCAGCUCCGAUCCAUUAUUCAAUGGAAGGUCUGGCAUGAUCCCGUCCACGAGCGCGAUCCCAGCACAGAGUCACCAGAGCUGCAAGAAUGCUUCCGUUACCUCAACCUGACAAGUCGAAGUUUUGCGGCUGUCAUUCAAGAGCUUAACCACGAACUCCUCGUCCCCAUCACCCUCUUCUACCUCUGCCUCCGUGGUCUGGACACCAUCGAGGAUGAUAUGACCCUACCCCUGAGCAAGAAGGUUCCCCUUCUGCGAAACUUCCAUAUCACCAUGGAAGAGGACGGUUGGCAAUUCCACGAGAGUCAAGAGAAGGACAAGGAGUUGUUGGAACACUUUGAUGUUGUUAUUACCGAGCUCAAGAAGAUCAAGGCCCCCUAUCAUGAGAUCAUCAAGGAUAUGACUCGCAAGAUGGGCAACGGUAUGGCUGACUACGCUGAGAACGAGGAGAUGAUUAAGAACGGUGUGCAAACGAUCGAGGAGUACGAAUUGUACUGCCAUUACGUUGCCGGACUUGUCGGUGAAGGUCUAACACGCCUUUUCGUCGAGUCGGAGCUUGCUAACCCCAAGCUUGCCGAGCGACCUUCUCUCACCGAGUCGAUGGGUCAAUUCCUCCAGAAGACGAACAUCAUCCGAGACAUUCACGAGGAUUGGCAAGAUGGUCGAAGAUGGUACCCCAAGGAGAUCUGGAGCCAGCACGUGGAUAAGUGGGAAGAUUUAUUCGAUCCCAAGCAAGAAACCAAGGCUCUUGAGUGUGUUUCCCACAUGGUGCUCGACGCUCUGAAGCACAGUGAAGAGUGUCUCUUCUACAUGGCUGGCAUUAAGGACCAAAGUGUUUUCAACUUCGUCGCUAUUCCUCAGGGCAUGGCUAUCGCGACACUUGAACUUGUCUUCCGCAACCCUGAUGUGCUCAAGAGAAACGUUAAGAUCACAAAGGGUGACGCCUGCAAGAUCAUGUUCGAGUGCACACAAAACCUCUACACCGUUUGCGAGGUCUUCAAGCGAUAUGCUCGAAUAAUCGCCAAGAAGAACGACCCCCGCGACCCCAACUUCCUUGCCAUCAGUGCUCAAUGUGCAAAGAUCGAGCAAUUCAUUGAGACUCUUUUCCCCAAACAAGAUCCCAAGAAGCUUACUCUUGUGCAAAACCAAGCGCAAAACAAGGAGCCCACUAUGGAUGCUGGCGAGGCAGUUGUUCUCUUCGGUGUUGUCAUGGCAGCUCUGGUCUGCAUUGCGGGUAUCAUGCUUGGUACCGCUUGGUUCUUUGGAGCCAGGUUCGAUCAUAUCUUUAAGGAAGCCAGCGUCUUCCUACCGGGUGGCGAGAAGGCCACUCCCAUCAUCACGGGUCACGAAGAAUUGUAG